UGACAAUUCACCAGCACAGGCUGAUCGCCAUAUAGCUAAUUGAGCUAUGGCGGAGACACGUUCACCGACGAACACUAAUCAAGACACUAAUGAGCAACCAGUUGCAGCUGCAGCAGUGUUUGACCGAGUGUUUAAUGCUCUGCAACGUGCUAGGCACGAAUUGACGUUGGCUCCAUCGGCAGGGACUUCUGGCACCAACAUUUUGAGAUCAACCAGAAAUCUUUUCAGAAGACGUGGAAAUCGAGUUCAAGGCACAUCCUCCAGAAGGGGACGUUCGACUUGGCAGGUGGGCCUCUUUCUGCUCCCAAGACCAGAUAUCCAGUCUCUGCCAUCAACUUCUGCGCGUCAGGCUCUAACAAAUAAUGGAUUAGGAGUACCAGUGCAGGAGUCAGUGGAUGGACAACUGUCCACCAUUGAGCUGAAUUGGAGUCUGGCAGAAUUGAACCACUUUGUUUGUCAGAGAUUCCCAAUGAUUAGCUUGAACCUGGUGGGGUUUGAGCUGGCAAAAGUAGACAAGGGCAAAAAAAUCAAAAAGGUCCAAGCCAACUCUGUGAGAGCCCUGAAGAAAGUGAUGGGAAAGAGCAGACUCUACAUUGUCCCCUGUGCUGAAGUGGGGCAGACACAGGAUCUACCCAUACCACCUGACACCAUACAUGAAGCACAAGGCAACCCAGCACUUGAGAGGCCUCAAAGUCCAAGAGCAGAAGUCCUCACUGUACCUGUGACAAUAAAUGAUGUAGAGGGGUACACCUCUGACUCGUCCAGUCAUCAUCAGAGUCUACAUCCGACCAGCACUGAGACUGUAGAAAACCUUGAGAGAGCUCAAAGUCCAGGACUGGUUGUACUGCCUAUACCUGGAACACCACAUGAUGUAGAGGAGUGGAGGACUGUACGGCAACAACAAGACAUUGAAUACAAUCUGUCAUUGAGAGCUGACCAAGAAAAGGAUCAGAGCAGACGAGCUGUCUGCGACUACGAGGAGAGGCGUUUGAAGACAAUAGAUGAGAGACUCAUGAGGACAACUGAGGAACCUGCUGGUGGCAUACCUCUGAAAGUCAGUUUUCCAGAUGGCACAAUGAAGAUCAGACGGUUCCAUACAUCUGAUCCUAUGCAGGCCUUGUUUGACUUUGUUGGAUCACAUGCCUCAGCCACUGAGUAUUUUUACAUCAGAGAAACUACGUCAGGCACCACAGUCAUCAACAUGGUGUCUGGGACUCUUCUGGACCACAACAUCACCUCUCCAUUGAACCUCCAUGUUCGAUGGAUGGACAUGGAGGAAGUGCAGACCAUUUACCAGCAGCAAAACAGAGUUUCUGCUGAAGUGCCUGAUUUGAUGGAGGUUGUCCAAAGUGAUUUUGGGCCUACACAGUGUGGACCUGCAGAGGAAAUCUACAUAGAUUACCUUGACAUCAUGCCAGAGACUGAGAUGUCAGAGCCAGAUGAGAUGCAGCUAACGGAUAACAUCGAAAUUCAAUGCACAGAAGAUUUUGACUGUUCCCCAAAAGAAAUUCUUUUGGAACUUGGGAAAAAUAUUAACUACAACUUGAGCUGCAGAUUUAACAUCAACCGAAACAAUGUACUCGAUGGUGCAUUUAGAGCAUUCAACCGGAAAUCAUACAAUCCAUUUAAGAGAAUUUCUGUUAAGUUUUCUGAUGAAACUGGACAUGUUGAGGAAGGAAUAGAUUUGGGAGGUCCAAGACGAGAGCUUUUAAGUCUACUAAUGGAAGACAUUGAGCGCUCCCCGAUGCUGACAGGUCCAGAUGGACAAAAAAACCUUGCUCUUGACUCGAUUGCUGUCAGAGAAGACAAGUACUAUAUCAUGGGGAAGGCUAUAUCAGUCAGUAUGGUUCAUGGGGGGCCAUCACCGGGAUUCUUUUCUCCCACUUUAUUUGAUUGCAUUGUGAAAGAUAACGUCUCACCCACCAUCGAUGAUGUGCACGACCUUGACUUGCGAGCUAAAAUCAUACAGGUAUCAGAGGCCAAGUCCAUGGAGGAGUUGCGUUCAGUUGUGUCCAGUCACAGUGACUACCUGUCUAAUGCAGGCUGCCUACGAGCUGUAAAAUGUCUGGAGGACAAAGACCUGCUUUUGCAGGACAUCCUCCAGUUCCAAGUCGUAAACCGACUCCAUGGUCCACUCGAACGGUUCAAGGAAGGCCUGAGGACAUUAGGAUUGUUGGAGGAGGUUGUCAAACAGCCAGAAGCCUUUCGUCCUCUCUUCUGCAGCCCACCACAGACCCUUAGCGCAGAUGGUCUCGAUCACCUGUUUGUCAUCUGUUUUUCCAGUGCAGGAAGUAACAGACGAGUACAGGAAAACAUUGCUGUGGGCUUUUGGAGAGACUACCUUCUAGAUGCAGAGGAAGGUAACUCCCCCUGCUCGUUGGAGGAAAUUCUAAUGUUUGUGACUGGAUGCAGUGCGCUACCUGCCAUUGGCUUGAAGCCGGAACCAUCCAUCGAGUUCCUGCACACUGACGGUCUUUUACCUGGGGACACUCAACAGAGGGCGAAGUUUCCAACGGCAAACACAUGUGUGAACUGCUUGCGUCUACCUUUGCACAAGGAUUACACUGCCUUUAAGUACAAUAUGGACUUUGGUAUUUGCAAUACACAGGGCUUUGGUCAAGAGUAGGGCUUAGAAUGAAAUGGUAUAAGGAAACUGUCAAUAGGCUUUUUGUUUUUUGGUACUGUUCAUCUUUAAUUCACAUUCAAACCAAGUUUUUGUUUCUGAACCUCAAACGUAAUUUACAAUUGUACAAAAAUGUUGUUCAACUAAAUGUGACUGAAGGGUUGUACAAUAAAAGUGGUCUUUCUGUUACUAUAACA